AUGGAAAAUUUAUUACGAAGAAAACUUACUAGUGUCUUUCCAACAAUGGAUUCUCAAGAAGUUACUAAAGUCAUCAAUGGUUUAUUGUUGCUAGUCCUUGAGACGGAAGGAGAUUUAAAAUAUUUAAAAGAGCAAGACCUAAUAGCUUUGCUUCCUCCAAUUAAGUCUAGACGUUUUUUGUCUGUUUGUCAACCAGUUGAACUAUUACUAACAAAUGCUCCAUCUUUUUUAAGUUUGAUCUCUCCAGAACCCUCCAAUUCAAGUAUUAUUACAUCUUCAGAUUGGGCCCAAUCGUUUAUUGUAAACUGGGAAAAGUUUCCGUUAGAUUUUUUGAAAGAUUUAAACAAUAAGCAAAAGCCUACUGAGUCAAAUAUCCGACAAAUGGUUGGAUUAUUAAUGAGUGAUGUGUUUUUGUUUGAUCGUAAGCCAAGUCGACAAAAUUUGCGUAUUAUAACUCAAAAGGUUGUUUCAAGAUUUCCUGAUUCAUUUGUAGAUGAAAUAAAUGGAAAAGUAAUAUCCAAUGGAGUUGAAACAUUAAUGUUUAGGAUGGAAUCCAGAAAAGAAAAUGCAAAUCGGAAUGUUUCUUUUUUAUCAAGUACACCUGUUAUAUUAACAAAAAGAAUGAAUUUAAAUGUUCAUAGUAUUGAAAAUUGGGACCCAAAUUUAUCUAGUCAAUCUGUAGAGUUAAUAAAUAUCAAGGAACAGCUUCAACAAAUCUAUAGAAUUCUGCCUUGGAAUACAAAUGAUGUUAAAAAAUUUAUGGCGGAUACUUAUUCACCACAGCGUCAAACAAUAAAUGCGGUCAUUCCUUUUGCAAAAGCAUUGAUUGAAUGGCCGUUUCUAUCUCAAAUAGAAUACCUUCAGGACCAUUUUUCCACUCUGAUGAAUUUUUCAUUAAUGGAAAAGUUAAAUAGUACAACCAGCACCAAAUCAAGUCUUAUUUACAAUUUUUUUUCAAUUAAAUGUAGUGAAGAUUUAGUUAAGCAAGUUCUGCUUGAAGCAACAGUCAUAUGCAUUGAAAAUGGGGGAAAUGCACGAGCUGUUUGUUUGGCAUGGCUACCUCUGCUUAUAGCUUAUUUUGGCGAUAAAACUGAUCAUUUGAUACAAUCAGUAUAUGUAUCUAUUUCUUUAUAA